CAAUUCAAGAAGACGAUAGCCGAAAAAAAUUUCUAUCCUAAUGGGGAGAAAUCUGAAGCAGUCCAGGGAGAAUUUCUACUCAACGCAAAGAGAUCUAAGGAGAACUGAGCAUGCACAGAAUCAAAGAGGCCCGAAGAAAUACAAGGAAAUCUGGGGAGAUCAAAAGGGACGCAAAGAUGUUUCGUUCUAAAAAAGGAUCAGUGGUUAGCUGCUCGCUUUCAACAUGAGUCUGAUGAGUAGGAAAGUAAAAUGAGUUUUUCAGGAAUGAAUAAAAACUGUGUCAUUAGCAAAUAAACGAGUUUUAAAGGCUUAAUAAAAUAAAAUCUAAA